AUGGCUCCCCCUCCACGAUUGCGCAUUCUCUCCGUUGGGGGCAAUGCGAUCUCAGCCUUUCUGUCCUGGCGACUUCAGGCUACGACUUCUUGUGAUGUGACACUGGUGUGGAAGCAAGGCUUUGAAGCAGUCUCACAAUAUGGUGUUUCUUUCAAAUCAAAAGCAUUCGGCAAUGAACGUUUCAAACCCCGUCAUGUUGUCCGAUCGCCCGAAGAGGCCUCAUCCCGUGAAAACGCUUACGACUAUGUCAUUCUCUGCAUCAAGGCCCUGCCUGAUGUCUACGACCUGGCAUCGGUCAUCGAAUCCGUUGUAACACCCCAACACACUUGUAUCCUGGUGAACACUACAAACACUCUGGGCAUCGAAGCCCAUCUCGAACAACGAUACCCGACCAACGUCAUCCUCUCCCUGGUUUCCAACGUGGAAAUCUCCCAGACUGGGCCCAGCGAAUUUGAGCAUCUAAACUCCAGUGAAAUCCAUGUGGGAACGAUCAACAGGAAAUCGCCUAUCCCGGUCUCAAUUCAACAGGACAUGGCUGUAGCUCUCUCUGCGACGCUGAACAGUGGUCAGGUCGACUGUAAAGUGUCACCGAAUAUUCGCCAGGAACAAUUCGAACGCAUGAUCGGUCCGAUCGCGUUCCACCCUGCUAGCAUCGUUUUCGAAUCCCCUAAUCCUACACAAUUACUAGAGAAAGUCGGAGUGCGGCAAUUGGUCACAGGUAUCAUUGAUGAACUAAUGCAAUUGGCUGCUGCUUUGGACUGUGAUUUCCCCAUUGAUUUCCGGCAAAAGACAAUUGAAAAAAUGACUGCUUCGGAUGCCCCGAGCACCAUGUUCCAAGAUUUCCAGGCUCGACGCCCCAUGGAGGUCGAGAACUUCUUGGGUUCUCCAAUCAAAUUAGCCUCCGAGACAAACGUUUCCUUACCCAGAAUCGAGGCCAUGUACGCCAUGCUUCACCACGCAAAUAUUGUGAACCAGUCCAAGCCCAGGCACGGCGAUUCUCCGCCUGCUUCCGUAAUGGGCCAGCCACCUCCCCGGAUGUCAUCUGCUCCACCACCUCAACGUCCACCCAUGAACGGAGCCGGUAUGCGAUCAAGUCGUACAAAUUCAAGCAUGGGGGUCCCCCAGUCUCGACGUGGCCCACCUCCAGGCAUGAUGCGGGUCCCACCCGGUGGACCGAUGCCCCCCGGUUCUCGGGGCGACGAAGCAGAUGGUGGUCAACCGCAUCCUAAUGGCAAUGGUUUCCCCGAUGGUGCUUCCCACGGCCCUGGUCCAAACGAUAUCGCACUCCGGGAGCGAGAAUUGGCUCUUCGGCAGCGAGAGCUGCAGCUCCGAGAGCAGGAGAUGGGUAUGCGUCGCGGCCCUGGCCCUGCCCCACGACGGGGACCACCACCACCACGUGCGCCCCCAUCGACAUUCGACGAAGAAGAUGAAGAUUACUUCGACCCAAUGGACCAUAUUCAGAUCCCCCACGUCGAUCCGGAUAGUGUUGAUAUGAUGAGCAUCACUUCGCGUCGAGCCCGCAAGGCGCCCAGCCAUAGUCAAUUCCGCAAGAACCCGGAAUUCGGUGCUGGAAGUGUUGGCAUGCCACAGAGCCGUCCUUCGUCGUCCGCCUUUGGUCGAUACUUCGGGCGGAAACGUGCCAGUGACCGAGUUAUGCAGGAGAUUCCUGGACUUCAUGAUUCUCUCAUGGAUCACCCCAUGAUGAGUUACUCAUCGAACAGAUACGGAGCCGUCGAUCGGAAUCAGAUGCACUCCGAAUCGCUCGACGAAACAGCCAGUCGCCUGCUGUUCCUUUCCCCGGGGGACCCCCCUGGACCCGGACCUCGCAUGGCACGUCCAAUGACCGCCCAUGACCCGAACCUUGGGCCUCCUGGUGGGCAUCCUGGUGGACCUCAUCACAAUGGCCAUCCGUCGCCCCCUGGAAACAUGCGGACACCGGUCCCCCGGCAUCCGUCAAAUCAAGGCCCGGUUGGACCACAACAGAUUGAGCAACACUAUGGGGUGAGCAACCCGUAUCCCGCUAAAGGCCCUCCCAAGAACAAGAGUCUGACUGGAAGUGCGAGCGCCAGCGCUGAGAGUGGUGAUAGUGGCGCCAGUGCCAAUCUUGAUUCUGAAGCGUCCGCUCAUAGCAGUCAGGUUAGUCUGGGUGACCAGCAACAUCAGCGCCAUCUUGCGGCGGCACCUGUUCGUUGA